UUACUUACAGUUUUGUUUGGAUUAAUAAUAAAACAACAAAAACAUUGAUUUGUAUUGUAUUUCAUGUGAGAUAUGUGUGUAUUUUGUUUAUUAAAUUGAGUGCUUUGUAAUCAAUUCGAGUGAUUGAAAGUGUGGUAAUGUUUGUCUGAACCCAUGGGUGGAUGUCUGGGAUCGCGAAGGAGUCGUCCAUCGAGUGGUGAUUCUCUCAACAGUAAUAUUCAUCCAAAUGUAUCGAUUGGGAAGAAUCAGCCGCUGAAACAUGAAGUGCUUAAGUGGAAGAGUGACGUCCCGCUCACUGACGGACAGCUGAGGUCCAAAAGAGAUGAGUUCUGGGAUACGGCACCAGCUUUUGAGGGUCGCAAAGAGAUUUGGGACGCGUUAAAGGCGGCGGCCUUUGCGGCCGAAAGCAACGACUUUGCGUUGGCUCAGGCCAUCAUUGACGGCGCAAACAUCUCAUUGCCUAACGGAACACUACUGGACUGUUAUGACGAGUUGGGCAGUCGAUACCAACUGCCCAUAUAUUGUGUGAGCGCUCCCAUCAAUUUGAUUGAAGAGAGCAGCGAUUCUGAGUCGCCAUCGCCUGAAAGCGAACCGAUCGGCGCCACCGCUGGCGGCGAAGAGAUGUUCGUGAAGUUCCGGAUCAGUCCCUCUUGUAAUGACGUAAAAAUGGCGGUUCUCUCGAAGGAAACUAUUUUAAGUGCUAAGAAAAAGUUGGCUCUUCUCGAGAGUGUCGAGCCUUUCCGACAACGUUGGUUUUUCGGCGGAAGACUAUUGAGUGAUAAACUAAGGAUAGAAGACGUGAAACUUCAGUCUGGAUUUGUAGUACAAGUUGUGGUCUCUUCUCCACAGUCUGCAGAUCACUGACGAAGAAGAAAGUCAAGGGUUUAGUCAAUCAUUCAGAUAUAACGAGCGCUCCUUUUAUUUAAACUGUGAUAAAAAACGACAAAAUAUUUAACUUUUAUUAAUUCGGACACAAAAGACAGGAAUUAUUUUACUUAAGUCUGAGAACCGAUUGUGAAUACAAACAAAUUUUAAUAUCAUUUUGUUUCGGUCUCUCAGUUAUGGGAAAUUCAUAUGAAAAACAAAGGAUUAAUUACUAAAAUUAAAUGUGACUUUCAUUCCAACUGUCGAUUAAUAUAAAACAAAUCAUUUAAAAGCUAAUAGUCUUAUGAGAAACAAAAAGUAGUUUUUAACAAAAUUUUAGUUUGUUUUGCAUAUAUAUUAUGGUUAAGCCAUUAAUCGGUUAUUUUCACGAACUGACAAAAAGCCUUUUGCAAACGAUUCUUGCCUUCAUAUUCAUAACGAUAUGUAAAUCUCGACUAAAUUUGAAGACUUUUGUGUUAAUAUACUGUACUGUAUAUCGCAUUACAUUCUAAGUCGCCA